GUCAACACAUUAGCGUGAAACAGACGUGGAAAGCACUGCCGACCGAGCAUGACAUCUACAACACUAAUCCCACGCAAAUUUCUCUUGAUUUGCAGUCUGCUAGUCAUACUAACAGCCAGUGGUCACCGGGUGAAAAGAAUUGAGUUUCCGGUCGGAUCGAGAACUACGAAAGCCAUGGUUCGAGGAGGACUCAUGCACCACAUCCUUCCUCGUUUCAGGAACGGUCGCACCGCCUUGCAAAAAUUUGCGACCGUCAAGGCGGCAAGACUGACGGAAGUCGGUGACAAAAUCGACAAGAAAGAACGACAGCUAGUUGAACGAAAGCAAAAAGUUACCGAAGUAACGAGACGAAGAGAAAUACUGCAGAAGGAAUGUAAUACAACUGUCAAGAAUCUGUGUACGCCGUGCGUCGCUAGUGCGUGCGCUAGAAGGGAGAGAGACAUUUGUAGACGCCCAGUUAGAGGUGGCAUUACCUUAGUUUUGAGGCGGUUCGUCAACCUUUGCUCAUGCCCGCUCUACUUUCCACGUUGUUCUAUUGAGCGUCAUUGGUGUCGCUCAACAGACUUACCAUUUCCCUCUAUGAGAAACGUGCACGUUGAUGACGAUGCCUUUGACGCUGGCGAUAGUUUUAGAGACUUUGAUGUGGAAAAUACGAUAAACUUUAUAGCAGAAAAGUUAGUCGACAGUUCAGGCCACUUGGCGGCUAGAGAACCGGAUGUAGUGAUCGACGGCAUUGCGAAAUCCCUAUCAAACGAUUGGUUGGACACGGUCGGUCGCGAUGUCGAAAGAACAGAAGAAAUGUUGUCGGACAACGUCCUCGAUGCUAUCGAAACGCUUGGAGACGAGAGUGACGACAUUAAUGGUGAAAACUUUGGUGAGAAACUGGAAGAGUUUGUUGUGGACGCGGUCGAUGACUUUGGUGACCUCGACUAUCCGGGGUACUCACUCGGAGAUCUAACCGACGACAUUGCAGUCAAUGAUGUCACCGACAGUAUGGACGAGUACGAGUUUCUGGAUGACGUCAUUGUAGGCGGAGGUGACGUAGUUGGAGAGAUAGAUGGAAGAGAUAGACUUCAUGAUUUUAGAUAUAAUGUAAGAAGGAGGAGACCUGACGUCAGAGAUUGGAGUAGGUACAAGAAGAGGAGCAUUGCAGAGGAACAGGAUCUAGAACGGCGUCAACGUUAUGUUCAUACAGACGUUUACAAGCACAGGAUGAGCGUUCGAGAACCGUCUUGCCAUGAACUGAAGAGAAAUCCUACCGAGGCUUGCAAAGGAUAUCAGUACCAUGAUGUGUGCAAGAAACAGUGUGAUCCGAAACAAGUGUGUCAGAGUCUUGCAUCGGUUGAAGAGACUCUUGACCUUCUACUUCAAUCUUACGAAUGGAUUCACGAAGCGUAUAAAAGGGCUAACGUUGCAUACACUCUAACAAAAAAGCGUUAUGAGAAACUGCUUGAUGAGCGUAAGCGCGCCUUCUGUUGGGGAAUAAUGUUGAAAGAACACUACAAGUUCAAACAAUCAAAGGGCUGGUAUGACAUCACGAAGGUAAAUGCUUAUUACGAUCAGCUGACGAGGAAAUACCUAAAUGUGACUGUUGCCGUCGAUAUCGGUUCUGGCGACCAUCGCUACAAAGGCAACAUCGUAUUCCUGGAAGGAUUCAAUCCAAUCACCAACGUGGGUGUGAAGAAAAUAGCAGCUGAAGCUGUUGCAUGGUACAAGAUGAAACUGACGCAGAAUAGCGCCUGCAACAGUGGCUGACAACGUUCUGAAAUCAUUAGACUUUAGUUGUGAAAGUGUGCGUUUGCAUUCGGUGGUUGAAUUCAACGUUAUUCUGAUGUAAACUUCCAGUGAUUUGUCCAUAACAGUCUGAAGUCUGCACACAGUCUGUCUUUUGCGUUUGUAAGUGUGUGUAGUCGGUAACAGCAUGUUUAUGUUUAUCAACGUUGCUUUACUUGAUUGUUGCA